AGAGGCCCCGCCCUCCCCCUCGAGCCCCCGCCCACGUCUUUGCUCGUGCGGCUCCGCCCGUUGCUGCUGCUCGGAGCCGCGCGCCUCGGUUCCCAUGGCGCUCGCGGACAGAGGUCCCUGAGGCGGGGGACGGCCCCCGACGUGAAACAUGACGGCCCACUCGCCCCUGCAGGCCGUCCCGCAGGACACGGUGAACCGCAAUGCGCCGGCCCUGCCGCCGACGUUCCUCAACCUGCGCGUCUCGCACAACGAGUUGCUCACCGCCGAGCUCCUGCGAAAGCAGGGGCCUCCCGCAGACCUCGCCCCCCGCAGUCCAGCGGCCUCCUCUAGGGCUCCGCUCAACGGCCAUCAGCCCUUGAUGACGGCCGUGAGGCCUCACGAAAGCACAGGGCACUCGGAGCUGAGGCAGAGUGGAGCGCCGGACGGUUGCGGUGGCGGCGGAGACGGAGACCGGGACCGGCACGAGGGAUGUGACGGGGAGGACAGCCGAGAGGGCGGAGACGAAGACGACCCCAACCACAACCCCGGGACCACGCGGCCCCGCAUCCGGCACCGCCGCGGCAACGGCAAAACCCGUGCCGAGCCAGCCGAGAGUGCCGGCAACAAGUGCCCCCGCGCCGGUGCCGACGUGCAGAUCCGUGGCCCCGCCAGGGCCUUGGAGAGGAAAUCUGAGGUGCUCGGUGAUGGAACCAGUGACGCCCACAGCCGAAACGGGAGCGAUGGUGCCAGGGUGGAGAGCGAGACCAAGGUUGACAUAGAAGCAGAGGUGAUGAUGGAUGCCGGCAGGGAGAGCGGGGAGGAUGUUAGCGGGGAGGCGAAUAAUCCUCACAUGGGGAGCGACGGUGCGGGGCAAGAUGAGGACGUAGGAGCACGUCGCGAUGGCGGGAGUCCGGAGAGAGUGGUGGACCAGGGCAAGGGCAGCGCAGGCGGUCAGGAGGAGGAGGAGGUGAACGGCCGUGGAGACGCGGAAGACGCUGACGCACUGCAAGACGGGGCGCAGGGUCUGCGCAGCUUCUACGGGAUGCGCAACACGGGCGGCAGCGACGAGGACUCGAGCUGGACGACGCUGUCCCAGGGCAGCGCCGUGUGGAGCUCCCCCGAUGACGCCGACGAGUUGUGGGAUGACUGCUCGCAUGACGAGGCCGAUCCCGCGCUGCCACCCGGCUGGAAGAAGAUCCGCGACACGUCGGGGAUCUACUACUGGCACAUCCCCACGGGCACCACGCAGUGGGAGCCGCCCUCCCCGCCCAGCGCCACCUUCCCGCCGGCCACGGUGCCGGACAACUUGGAUCUGCACGCUGAGAGCACGCACCCCGACCCGAGCCUCAAGGAGUUCGAGGGUGCCACCCUGCGCUAUGCCUCCCUUAAACUCGGAGGGGACAUGGAUGAGGAGGAGGGGGACUGCAUGGGCUGUGAUCUUCCCUGUAACCCCGAGGCCAAGUGCUUCGCCGUGCGAUCGCUGGGCUGGGUGGAAAUGAGCGAGGAGGACUUGGCUCCUGGCCGCAGCAGCAUCGCCGUCAACAACUGCAUCCGCCAGCUGUCCUACCGCAAGAGCGACAUCCGAGACACGGCCGGCAUCUGGGGAGAGGGGAAGGACAUGUUCCUGCUGCUGGAGAAGGAUCUGCUGACGCUCGUCGACCCCAUGGACCAGGGCGUGCUGCACUCCCAGCCGAUCAUCAACAUCCGCGUGUGGGGCGUCGGGCGCGACAAUGGCAGGGACUUUGCGUACGUGGCGCGCGACAAGCUCACCCGCGUGCUCAAGUGCCACGUGUUCCGCUGCGACACGCCCGCCAAGGCCAUCGCCACCAGCCUCCACGAGAUCUGUGCCCGGAUCAUGGCGGAGAGGAGAAGCGCCAAGUCCUGCGCCAGCAGCUGUGCCGCCGAGCUCGGGCAGCAGCUUCAUGAAGCCCCUUUGCAAGUGGAGUUUCCCACGGCCAAGAUGGAGUCGGUGCAGAAGUUCCACGUGCUGUACGUGGGCUCCAUGGCGGUGGACAGGCCUGCGGGCAUGGAGGUGCUCAACGAUUCCAUCGAUGCGCUCAUGGCCAAGUCCGUGAAGGAAGACUGGGAGCCCGUCGUGAUCAACGUGGCCCCGGCCACUGUGGCCAUCUGCAAGGAAAAGGAGUCGCGUAGCAUAGAAAGUGGUGACGAGGAGGAGGGAGGUGAUGAGGAGGAGGAGGAGGAGGAGGGCGGUGAGCAGGGAGAUGAGGUGGUGUUUGAGUGCCGUGUGCGCUUCCUCUCGUUCCUGGGUGUGGGCCGCGACGCUCGCUCCUUCGCGUUCAUCAUGGCGGCGACGCCACACCGCUUCGAGUGCCACGCGUUCUGGUGCGAGCCCAACUGUGCGGGCCUCUCCGAGGCCGUGCAGGCGGCCUGCGUGCUGCGCUACCAGAAGUGCCUGGAUGCGCGCCCCGGGGCGCUGAAGCCGCGAGGGCCAUCGCAGCCGGCCGACUCUGUGGCGCGCCGCGUUGGCUGCAGCGUGCGCAAGGGCGUGCAGUCGCUCUUCGGCAGCCUGAGGCCUCGCCGCUCCCCGCUGCCCGACACCCCCUAGCCCCGUCCCUCCUGGGGACCUCUUCCCCAUCACCCCGUCCCCCCCGACCCCUCGACGAUGACGACGACGACGGCGGCCGCGGCCCUUCCUCUUCGUGAAACCUCAAGGCUGAAAUUCGGCUGAACAAAAGGAAAUGACAGUAACGGCAGGAGACGGGCCCCGACGAAUACAAACUAGAAAUGAUUUGUCAAAUGCAGUGCCGCGAAAAAAUGUCCGCCUUGAUCAGAGGCCUCGGCAUCUUCCAGUUGUCGCGCCGCCCACAGCCCUGCGUGGACACGGCAGCGAGCCCGUCGGCAUCGCCGCGGCGACGGGCAAGCUCGUUACACUCGGUGCCAUCAACACUUCGGGGCCACGUUGGCCCAGGGCUGUGCCGGUGGCCCCGCCGGACGGUAAGGUUCCUGUAGACGCCACGGUCGCCCUAAGACACGAAGAGGAGGGCGGCCUCGUGACGGAGCAAAGGCCCCAGCCUCCCUAGAGCCGCAUCUGAAAAACUCCCACGCUGGAGCCUUAUUUAGAGGGCCCGGCGUGACUGUCGAACGCGUGGCUAGGGCACGCCAUCGACUCAAAACACCGAAAUGGCCGAUAGAACCAGACGUUGGUGCCAAGUGGUCACGGUGCCUCUCCCGCACCGCGGGGCCUGCAGACCCCUCCACGUCUGCAGGUGUCGAUUGCGCUCGCGUUGUACGUCGAAGCCGCCUAGGCGUGCCCAUGUCUCCCGUUCUACGAGGGUCGCCGCGAUUCGACGAUACUACGGUGCACCGUACGAUUCACGGAUCAUGAGAAUCGUAACGUCCGUUUUUGCUAAAUAUCGUUAUAUCGUGAUUACCGUUGCUCAUUAUAGUUGCUUAAUAAUUUAUUUCCUGAUGAGAUAGUUGUGCAAUAAGCUACACUCAUAUUCAAAUUCUAAAGGAACAGUGAUCGCCCUUUCCAUUUGUUCCUUGCAAACGUGGAAGUUGAAUUCCGUAAUUAUUUCUUGUAACUGACAGCAUGCACGUUGUAAGCGUCGGGCAUAUAUUGAGUGAAAUGCAGGUGAAGACAUUAAUCUGUAUUUGAGAAGUAACAGCAGAGCAAUAAACACAACAUAGUAUAAAUGCCAAAUACAAUUACAAGCGUAUGGGAAACGUU